GGGGAGGAGGGGAAAGGUGGCGGAGAAGGGAGUGGGGAGCGGGAGGAGCGGCCGGGCCUGGGGCCUUGAGGCCGGGGAGACCCGGGGAGAUGGGCCGGCGCGCCGAGAUGCUACUGCUGCUGCUGCUGGUGCCGCUCUUCCUCCGCCCCCCGGGCGCGGGCGGGGCGCAGACCCCCAACGCCACUUCAGAAGGUUGCCAGAUCAUACACCCGCCCUGGGAAGGGGGCAUCAGGUACAGGGGCCUGACUCGGGACCAGGUGAAGGCUAUCAACUUCCUGCCUGUGGACUAUGAGAUUGAGUAUGUGUGCCGCGGGGAGCGCGAGGUGGUGGGGCCCAAGGUCCGCAAGUGCCUGGCAAAUGGCUCCUGGACAGAUAUGGACACACCCAGCCGCUGUGUCCGAAUCUGCUCCAAGUCUUAUUUGAUCCUGGAAAAUGGAAAGGUGUUCCUGACGGGUGGGGACCUCCCAGCUCUGGACGGAGCCCGGGUGGAUUUCCGAUGUGACCCCGACUUCCAUCUGGUGGGCGGCUCCCGGAGCAUCUGUAGUCAGGGGCAGUGGAGUACCCCCAAGCCCCACUGCCAGGUGAAUCGAACGCCACACUCAGAACGGCGCGCAGUGUACAUCGGGGCGCUGUUUCCCAUGAGCGGGGGCUGGCCAGGGGGCCAGGCCUGCCAGCCCGCGGUGGAGAUGGCGCUGGAGGACGUGAAUAGCCGCAGGGACAUCCUGCCGGACUAUGAGCUCAAGCUCAUUCACCACGACAGCAAGUGUGACCCGGGCCAGGCCACCAAGUACCUGUACGAGCUGCUCUACAAUGACCCUAUCAAGAUCAUCCUUAUGCCUGGCUGCAGCUCCGUGUCCACGCUUGUGGCUGAGGCCGCCAGGAUGUGGAACCUCAUUGUGCUUUCCUAUGGCUCCAGCUCACCAGCCCUCUCAAACCGGCAGCGCUUUCCAACCUUCUUCCGCACUCAUCCAUCGGCCACACUCCACAAUCCUACCCGUGUGAAACUCUUCGAAAAGUGGGGCUGGAAGAAGAUCGCCACCAUCCAGCAGACCACCGAAGUCUUCACUUCGACUCUGGACGAUUUAGAGGAACGAGUGAAGGAGGCUGGAAUCGAGAUUACUUUCCGCCAGAGUUUCUUCUCAGAUCCAGCUGUGCCCGUCAAAAACCUUAAGCGCCAAGACGCCCGGAUCAUUGUGGGACUCUUCUAUGAAACUGAAGCCCGGAAAGUCUUUUGUGAGGUAUACAAGGAACGGCUCUUUGGGAAGAAGUAUGUCUGGUUCCUUAUCGGGUGGUAUGCUGACAAUUGGUUCAAGAUCUAUGACCCGUCCAUCAACUGCACGGUGGAUGAGAUGACCGAGGCGGUGGAGGGUCACAUCACCACUGAGAUUGUCAUGCUGAACCCUGCCAACACCCGCAGCAUUUCCAAUAUGACAUCCCAGGAAUUUGUGGAAAAACUGACCAAGCGACUGAAAAGACACCCUGAGGAGACAGGUGGCUUCCAGGAGGCACCACUGGCCUACGAUGCCAUCUGGGCCUUGGCAUUGGCCCUGAACAAGACAUCCGGAGGGGGCGGCCAUUCGGGUGUGCGCCUGGAAGACUUCAACUACAACAACCAGACCAUUACUGACCAAAUCUACCGGGCAAUGAACUCCUCAUCUUUUGAGGGUGUCUCGGGCCAUGUGGUGUUUGAUGCCAGCGGCUCACGGAUGGCGUGGACACUGAUUGAGCAGCUACAGGGUGGCAGCUACAAGAAGAUUGGCUACUAUGACAGCACCAAGGAUGACCUUUCUUGGUCCAAAACGGAUAAGUGGAUUGGAGGGUCCCCCCCUGCUGACCAGACCCUGGUCAUCAAGACGUUCCGCUUCCUGUCACAGAAACUCUUUAUCUCCGUGUCAGUUCUCUCCAGCCUGGGCAUUGUCCUAGCUGUUGUCUGUCUGUCCUUUAACAUCUACAACUCCCAUGUCCGUUAUAUCCAGAACUCACAGCCCAACCUGAAUAAUCUCACUGCUGUGGGCUGCUCGCUGGCGUUGGCUGCUGUCUUCCCCCUCGGGCUGGAUGGUUACCACAUCGGGAGAAGCCAGUUCCCUUUCGUCUGCCAGGCCCGCCUCUGGCUCCUGGGUCUGGGCUUUAGUCUGGGCUAUGGCUCCAUGUUCACCAAGAUCUGGUGGGUCCACACGGUCUUCACAAAGAAGGAGGAAAAGAAGGAGUGGAGGAAGACCUUGGAGCCCUGGAAGCUAUACGCCACGGUGGGCCUGCUGGUGGGCAUGGACGUCCUCACUUUUGCCGUCUGGCAGAUUGUGGACCCCCUGCACCGGACCAUUGAGACUUUUGCCAAGGAAGAACCAAAGGAAGAUAUUGAUGUGUCUAUUCUGCCCCAGCUGGAACACUGCAGCUCCAAGAAGAUGAAUACGUGGCUUGGGGUUUUCUAUGGUUACAAGGGGCUGCUGCUGCUGCUGGGUAUCUUUCUUGCUUAUGAGACCAAGAGCGUGUCCACCGAGAAGAUCAAUGACCACCGGGCUGUGGGCAUGGCCAUCUACAAUGUGGCGGUCCUGUGCCUCAUCACCGCCCCCGUCACCAUGAUCCUGUCAAGCCAGCAGGAUGCCGCUUUCGCCUUUGCCUCACUCGCCAUAGUUUUCUCCUCCUACAUCACCCUGGUCGUGCUCUUCGUGCCCAAGAUGCGCAGACUGAUUACCCGAGGGGAAUGGCAGUCGGAGGCUCAGGACACCAUGAAGACAGGGUCAUCGACCAACAACAACGAGGAGGAGAAGUCCCGGCUGUUGGAGAAGGAGAACCGCGAGCUGGAGAAGAUCAUUGCUGAGAAGGAAGAGCGGGUCUCUGAAUUGCGCCAUCAGCUUCAGUCUCGGCAGCAGCUCCGCUCACGGCGCCACCCUCCGACACCCCCAGACCUCUCUGGGGGCCUACCCAGGGGGCCCCCGGAGCCCCCUGACAGGCUUAGCUGUGAUGGGAGCCGAGUCCAUUUGCUUUACAAGUGAGGGUUGUGUAAGGGAGGACAGACCAGUAAGGGGUGGGAAAGGGAGAAGAGGAAAGGGGGUGGGUUGAGAGGAAGCAGGGAAUCCCUACCCCCAGAUAGGAAGAACAUGUGAACCCAUCCCAUCUCUUGUAAAUACAUGUCCCUCUGUGAGUCCUGGGGUUACCUGGGUCUCCAGUACUCUUGGAACCAGACCCUUUUCUCUCUUAUUCGUUCAUACAGUUUUAUGUCACUACUUAAUAAUCUAGUUGGUACCUCGCUCAGAGCUUCUCACUCACUGACUCCUCAGCAACCUCACUACAUACACUUUCCUUUUCUACACUACCUCCCAAGAUUGCUCCCUUUGGUUUUGUGUUUUUAUGGGGCAAUUAACAGAGAGUUAAUGGGCAGGUUUCAGUGCUGCUCCCAGUAGAUAGUGGGUGAGAAUCCUGACCAAAGGAAGGCACCCCUGAGUGUUGAGAUGGAGAGAGGGACCUGUGCGGUGGGAGGUGGUGUCCCUUUCACACUGUGAUGCCUUUUGGGGAAGGAUCUCCCUGAAUCUCAAUAAACCAGUGAACAGUGUGACUCAC